GCCUGUGACUUCACGUGUCUGUUUUGUAAAGUUCCUUGAGUCUGAAUCGGUGGGCGUUUCCCAACACCUGACGAACACCGUCUUCGUGGACAGAGCCUUGAUCGUGGUCCCUUUUGCUGAAGUGGACAAGUCAUUUGCAGAGAGCCCCUUCCUUGCUGGCUGAAAGUGGUCCUCUGCUGCCAUCAGGAGAUUAGAAAAAAUAAUGGCACCAGACUCGCAAGCUCCCUUCUGUCUCUUGUUCUGCAGUAAAAUAUUAACUCAUUAUUUUUUUCUCUAUGUUCAAGGCAUCUUUUCUUUGAAAAAGAAAAAAAAAAGAAAAUUAGCCACACAACUCUUAAGCAAAAUGAGGGGGUGGGGGAGAGGGUGCAGGCCAUCUCGAUUCCUCACAUGUUCAAAAGGAUUUUAAAUUUUUUUUUUGCAUAAAAUGUAUGUCAAAUAGAAGGUAUGCACCAAAUUGGGGAUGCCCCGAGCAGAUUAUACAGGCUGAUUGAUGUGGACUUGAAGUUGGAACCAGUUCUGAUCCACUGUUUAUAUUUUCACUUUUGCACAAAAUGUCUCAUUGUGCUUGAACAAAUAAAUGUCAACAAUUCAGUUUCAGUUAAUGACAUCUGCACUGACAACAUGCAGAUUAAAUGGCACAUUUUGGAGGUUUUGUAUACCACUAAAAGAUCUGCAGAAAAUAUACCCUUAUAAAGGCGCAGUGUGUAGGAUUUAAUGGCAUCUAGUGGUGAGGUUGGACCUUGUAACCAACAAAAUAGGCCUCACCUCACCCUCCUCUAUAGUGCAACUAAAAACAUGAAAAAGGCAAAAAGCUGUACAGAGGCAGUGUUUAGUGUUUGUGUCUGCUAGUUUACAGCUGAAACAUGGCUCCAUGGAAGAUACUUCUAGAUAUAAAAUGUUCCUUCUUUAGAAAUGAAAACUAGUUUCAGGUGAUAAUACACCAAUGAAAUCAUAAUUCAAUCAUUUAUGUCAAUAGAUCCUCCUAAAUCCUACACACUGGACCUUUUAAACAUAUUUACACUGUGUAACAUACAUGUAGUUGAUUUGCUGCCAUAACAGAUCCACACUGUCACUCCUUUGUCCAUUGAUGUUUUUGGUUACUGGCUGAUUAGAUGUAAGUUGGGAGGGACAGUGGUGGGUCUAACAGGUGCAACAAAACUUAGCAAAAGAAUGAGGGAGAGUCAGCCAAGCAUAGGAAGAGAGGUCUAAUCAGCCAAAUAAGUGAAAACACUGACAUGGGUGUACUUCAGAGUGGUUCACCAAAUGCAUCCAAGCAGGACUGUCUUAUCAAAUGUAAUGUUGGCCUGAUGAGGCUAACAUUUUAAGAGAAAAUACAAAUAGUGGGGCAGGACUUGGUGAUGGCAGAGACCUCAUAUAUUAUAUGGCUGAGACGCGGAGAACAUGUUCGGGACAUCCCUGCACAAAGCAUGCAGGAUAGAUGAACUAAUCAGCUGUGCAUGAUAGAAUAGAUUGUGACGGUGUGUACCAUCAUCUACACAGUUACUGUCAUCAGAUGUGGUGGAAAUUAAUCGGCACAUAAUUUGAUCAUUAAUCAUGAUAAGCACACAAACUGCCUUUGGCAUUUACUUGCUUUAUGCGCCAAAGCCUUGUGUCAUUUUACACUGUGCAUUGUUUCCAAAUUAUCACUAACACUCGAGAUAAACGUAGUUUACGCCUCUGCUUGAUGUUGCAGUAAAAAUGCAUUUUUUUAUUGACCCUCUCCACACAUGACUCUGAAAGAGUUGAGUGACUCUCACGUUUAACAGUGGUGUUUCUUUUGUUGUUGUGUUUUACAGUUCUUUUUCCUGGUUCAGCCAGCCCUAUAUACCAGGCCCUGCUGAAAAUGCCACCAACAGUUUUGUCUUCUGCAGCCUUAUCCCGUUUCUCAAGUGUCCUUUCUGUUGUGUGUGUGUGUGUGUGCGUGCGCAUGUGUGUAUGUCUCUCUCUCUCUCUCUCUCUCUCUCCCUUUCUCUCUCUCUCCCCCUCUCUCUCUCUCUCUCUCUCUCCCCCCUUUUAAAAUGUAAAGUGUCAGAUUUAAAGAAACAUAGCCUGUUUUCAGAUUGCACAACAUGGACGAUCAUCUCCAUAAGAUUUUCCCUUUUGAUUUUACUGUUUGGUUUUUUCUUCAGCUUUGGGCACAUUUUUCAUGAUUUUAUCAGAUUUGCUGGCUAUAGCAUUUGACUGUUAAUGCAGUUUACCUUUGACAUUGUUUAGUGUUUUUAGUGACAAACUGUGGGCUAAAACAUAGCAGUACUGUAGCUUGUAAGCAGCACAUUAUCUGGUUGCCAAGUAAGUUUCUUUUUGUGGUGGGAUUGUACAUAGUAACCACCAGCAAAAGCCCAGAAAAGGUAAUAUGACUGAACCUUUUCUGUUUUUGUAUUGGUAAUGGUAAGUGAUGUUGAAAUGUACCCUUGUGUCUACAACCAAAUCAUGAACUUUGUUUUCUGUAUCUCAAUGUUUUUGUGUGCUUUAUAGCGAAGCAGCCGGCGCGAGUCGCUUGUUCAUAAAACAUCUAAUGAAAGUUGAGAGCACAUCCCACGGGACAACUGGCUGUGCUUGCUUACGUUUGGUUCAUGACUUAAAAAACAAGUACAGGAGUCAUUCCUGAUGAAUCUAAAGCUAUGUCGCUGCUCGCUCCAGCCAAUGCCGUGGCAGGAAUGAUGCCUGGAGGAGGCCUUCUCCCAACACCUAAUCCUCUAGCAUCGAUGGGAGGGACGCCGUUUGGAAGUCUUGGAGCUCCCAACAUGGAGCAAAUGGCUGCUAUGGGAAUGCCGGGACCCAACAUGAACCCACAGGCUCUCUCUGCAGACUUCCUGAAGCUCAUGCAGUCCAUGGAUCCCAAACUGAAUCCAUUAGCGGCCGGACUGAACUUGAAUCCAGGGCUGAAGACUGAUGCGUCAAAUAAGGAGAUAGAAGAGGCCAUGAAGAGAGUCCGAGAGGCUCAGUCUCUCAUUUCUGCAGCUAUUGAACCUGGAAAUAAGAAAGACGACAAACGCAAACAUUCCCGCUCCCGUUCCAGGUCACGGCGCAGGCGAUCCAGCUCUCGCUCAAGACACAGACAUGCUACUUUUGGCAGACGUUCGAAGAGCAGGUCUCGCCGAAGGUCCCAUUCAAGGAGUAGGAGGAGGUCCAAGAGUCCACGAAGGAGGAGGUCUCACUCCCGGGAUAGAAGCCGCCGCAGUAGAUCUAGGGACCGGAGGAAGGAGGAAAAGUCUAAGAAGAGGUCAAAGACGCCUCCCAAGAGCUACAGCAGUGCCAGGAGGUCACGAAGCAUAAGUCGGAGGCACAGGCGAAGCCGAAGUGCAUCUCGGUCCCCAAAGAGGAGGUUGUCCAGGUCCCCAUCUCCCAGACGUCACAAGAAAGAGAAAAAGAAGGACAAGGAGCGUGAGAAGGACCGGGACAGAGAAAGGAGGGAGGACAGGGACCGCAGCAGGGAUGAAAGGGAACGCUCAACCAGUAAGAAGAAGAAGAGCAAAGACAAGGAACGAGAUCGAGACCGCAAGUCUGAUAGUGAGAAAGGAGACGUUAAGGUGACGCGGGAUUAUGACGAAGAGGAGCAAGGCUAUGACAGUGAAAAAGAAGGCGAGGAGGAUGAAGAUGAGAGGAAGAGCGACUCUGACUCUGUGUCAUCCCCCAAAGGCCAGGAGGAGAUGGAGAGAUCUGAGGGCCAAAUCCCCAAAAAGUCCAAGCUGAAUGGAGAUGAUCACCAUCAGGAAGACAUGGAGAUGAGCGACUAAGAACACCCCAAACCGACCGUGUUAUCUUUCCACUGUACUCUUUUAUAUUUUUAAUAUAGGCCACAACGUGUCCGUGCCUGAUCACUUAAAGUAAAAAAGAUUUGUCUUAACUGUAGAAGCAUUGCGGAGGGGACUGGGUGUAGAAGGAAAAUUUGUUUUUUGUAAAGAUGAGAAAACAAGAACUAAAAUCUGAAUAACAUGAGACCUGGUUUUAAAUUGUCAUUACUGUACUUUUUUAAGAUCCUGUUGAUUUUUUUUUGUUGCCUUUUGUGUUUAAACUUCCUGACAGUAGAAUGCACAGCAUUUUCCACUGAAAUGCUGUGUAUGUAAAUAUUUUACAAGUUGGGAUCGAGUCCUCCCCUCAGUCAGACCUAUAGUCACCACUUGGCAACAACCUCAUGUCAUUUUUUUGGUUGCUGAGCCAUUUUUGCUUUAAUUGUAAUGCACCCAGUCAUGUUUCAGCUGACCUAUCUAUUUACACCCCUUUGUAAGUGUACACUGUAGAUUGAAAUGUGUUGUUGCAAUGAAAUACUUUGUCUGCAAUAGGUUUUCCAAAGGAAACUAAUAAAAUUGGGUCACACUGUCAA